AUGACAUUGGAUGCUGCUCUGGCUCAACUGCUACCAAAUUCCCCUGCUGGGACCCCCACUGUCAGAAGGCUCCAUGGUGAAACCUUUGAAACGUUUAUGGGCAGUCUCAAGUGGGAGAUCUAUCAGCGAUGCCGACUGUUAGUCACCAUUGCGCACGUGGAGGUGCUGACCUGUCUUUGCAUUUCCUUCCAGAUCUAUCAGCGAUGCCGACUGUUAGUCACCAUUGCGCACGUGGAGGUGCUGACCUGUCUUUGCAUUUCCUUCCAGAUCUAUCAGCGAUGCUGGUUAGUAUUCAAGAAAGCGUCAAGCAAGGGUCCAAAAAGACUGGAGAAAUUUUCUGAUGAGCGGGCUGCAUACUUUAGGUGUUACCACAAGGUGACAGAACUCAACAAUGUGAAAAAUGUAGCUCGAUUGCCAAAGAGCACCAAGAAACACGCCAUAGGAAUUUACUUCAAUGACGACACCUCCAAGACCUUUGCUUGUGAAUCAGAUCUGGAGGCGGACGAAUGGUGCAAAGUCCUCCAGAUGGAGUGCGUGGGCACGCGGAUCAAUGAUAUCAGCCUUGGAGAGCCCGAUUUGCUGGCUACCGGGGUGGAGAGAGAGCAGAGUGAGAGAUUCAAUGUGUAUUUGAUGCCGUCUCCUAACCUAGCUGUCCAUGGCGAAUGUGCCUUGCAGAUUACCUAUGAGUAUAUCUGUCUUUGGGACAUCCAGAAUCCCAGAGUUAAACUCAUCUCUUGGCCGCUAAGCGCCCUCCGGCGGUACGGACGGGAUACCACGUGGUUCACUUUUGAGGCAGGAAGGAUGUGUGAGACUGGUGAAGGGUUGUUCAUCUUUCAAACGCGAGACGGCGAGGCCAUCUACCAAAAGGUCCACUCGGCUGCCCUGGCCAUCGCGGAGCAGCAUGAGCGCUUGCUACAGAGCGUGAAAAAUUCAAUGCUCCAGAUGAAGAUGAGCGAGCGCGCCGCGUCGCUGAGCACCGUGGUGCCCCUGCCCCGCAGCGCUUACUGGCAGCACAUCACCAGACAGCACAGCACCGGGCAGCUUUACCGCCUGCAAGAUGUCACCAGCCCUCUGAAGCUCCAUCGGACAGAGACUUUCCCUGCCUACCGAUCUGAGCACUGACAGCCACUGUCAGGAAGAGUCAGCGCCCUACGAUUCAUCAGCCACAGAUCCACGCAGGGGACUACGGGAUGAUGGCGGUGAGGAAGGAAGGAGGAAGGAAGAGAAACAGCUUCACAUGCUGGCUAAUGGGUAGUCCUUGGGAAACUCUGCGAUGCAAUACAUGCAUUUCUCUUUUCUUUUCCUUUUGUUUUUACCAAGUCCUAGCCUCAUUGAGACGUGCUGUAUGGAGACUGACUUUUCCCUGCUCCUUUACAGAUGGACAUUGAGGAGCCAAUGCCACAGGUGUUUUCCAGUGUACAUAAUCUUAAUGUGUCCCCAGGCUGCUCAGAAUCUUCCUUCUGUGGACGUGUAUGGUUUUCCUCCUCGGUGUUUUGAUUGUGUGAGUCAGCAUUGACAAUAAAAUGGCUCUUAUGGAUUGGUUAUCUGUUUUACACCUGUUCUUGGUUAUUUUUAAUGGUGUGGUUCUGGCUAACGAUUGGGAAUCAGUCAGUUCAGCUGGUACUUCAGAGAUGUUCUUAUCUAUUAUGUUCGAGACUCCUUAGAGGGGAUCUCUAGACUGUGUAUUCUUUCUUGCACUCUUCCUUUCUUGUUACUUUCUUUUUUGUUUGUUUAUUUUUUUUAAAAAGCCUUUAUUUUG